AUGGUUCUAAUGACAAUGAUCGGCCGUGUUGCCGAUGGUUUACCUCUUGCUGCAUCUGUUCAUAAUGAUAUGCGUGAUGAAUCGGGUCGUAAUAGUAAUGAAUAUCAAAAUCAAGCAAAAAAUAUUCUUCGUCGUAUAAAUUCAAGUUCUCCAUCAAAAGCAAGCAUUGAAACCGAUCCAUAUGUUUUUCAUUGUUUAAUUGAUCAUGAUGUUUGUUAUAUAACAUUAUGUGAAAAAAUAUUUCCACGUAAAAAUGCGUAUGCAUAUCUUGAAGAUCUUGCACAAGAAUUUAUUGCACAAUAUGGACAAAAAAUUCAAUUAGCUGCUCGACCAUAUUCAUUUAUUGAAUUUGAUAAUUAUAUUCAAAAAAUGAAAAAACAAUAUGCUGACACUCGAACAUCUCGUGAAGCAAUGGGCCGUUUAAGAACUGAUUUACGUGAUGUACAAAAUAUAAUGGUUACAAAUAUUCAAGAUGUCAUGUCACGUGGUGAAACAUUACAAGAUCUUAAUCGAAAAGCAACAAAUCUUGCAUCUAUGUCUCAACAAUAUCGUAAAGAUGCAAAUUAUUUAAAUCGUAUGUCAUCAUUAACAAAAAUUGGUUUAACUGUUGGAAGUAUUGUUAUAUUAUCUAUUAUUGCUUAUGUUUUUAUUUUUUAA